GGGUGGUGCCUCAGCUCUUUGCCGCCUCUCUCAGCCCAAUUCGAAACACUCGAGAAACAGAGAUAUGGUUGCAACGGCUACACCCACUUCGCUUUUGUGCGCUUCUCUUCCCUACCAAGGGUUUUGUGGUUCAACUCAGAGCUUGCAGUGGAGAAAGAACGAGACACGGUUUAUGAGGAAAGCUGGGCCCAUUCAAGUUACUGCAAAAAUUCAGCUAAAGCCGCCUCCAUACCCACUGAAUGCUUUGGAGCCACAUAUGAGCUGCGAAACAUUAGAGUACCAUUGGGGGAAGCACCAUAGAGGUUAUGUGGAGAACUUAAACAAGCAAAUAAUGGGAACUGAACAAGAUGGAUUGACUUUGGAAGACAUAAUACUUGUUACCUAUAACAAAGGAGAUCUCCUUCCAGCCUUUAACAAUGCUGCACAGAUCUGGAACCAUGAUUUUUUCUGGGAGUCUAUGAAACCAAGCGGUGGAGGAAGGCCAUCUGGAAAUCUUCUCGAACUGAUCAACAGAGAUUUUGGUUCUUUUGAAGGAUUUGUCGAACAGUUCAAGUCAGCUGCAGCCACACAGUUUGGUUCUGGCUGGGCUUGGCUUGCAUACAAAGCGAAUAGACUCAAUGUUGGAAAUGCUGUGAAUCCUCGUCCAUCAGAAGAGGACAAAAAGCUAGUGGUAGUGAAGAGUCCCAAUGCCAUAAACCCCCUUCUCUGGGAUUACUCUCCUCUCCUUACGAUAGAUGUUUGGGAGCAUGCUUACUACCUCGACUUUGAGGUAAUGCGUAGUUGAUGAAAUAAGAUUAUGACUAACAACUUUCAUGAAAGACUGCUGUAUAUACCACGACAAAAGUAGCAUUUCUGAUGUUUCUUCUCACAGAACCGACGGGCUGAAUAUAUAUCAGUUUUUAUGGAGAAGCUUGUAUCAUGGGAAACAGUCAUUUCCAGGCUAGAAAUGGCAAAGGCUCGAGCUGUAGAGCGGGAAAGAGAGGAAGAGAGGAGGAAAAGAGAGGAAGAAGAGGAGAGUGCAGCAGGCAGUGAAGCUGUAGAGAUGUACUUGGAAAGUGAGACAGAUGAUUCAGAGGCUGAAUGAUUUUUGCUACUUCAAUUGUUUGCUGUUAAAGUACCUACAAUGAACUUGAUUGUGGCAUAGAGAUCACCUAAAGCGGUAUAAGUAUAAUCAAGAUUGACAUGUUUUGCAACAACACCCUGUUCUGAUGGUUCUUCCAGAUGUACAUUUUUCUAUUUGGAAUGAGCAGAAAUGUACUAUGUACUAUCAAGUUAAUACAAUUC